UCACCUUAGAUAUUGUAGAUACAACUGUAGGAAACUCCUCGCGUUCCUUCCUCUUAAAUGAUUAGGAAAAAAUUUAUAAAAGCCACGAGAAAUGAUUACCGAGGCUCAGUCAUGAAAGACUCAUCGAGGAAACUCAACACCCACGUUGGCUUAGAAUAUAAUUGUACUUGUGUUUGAAUGUAUCUACUUAAGUUAGAGCCACGACAAAAAGCCUUUAUUUUUCUUGUUUAAAAUUAAAUAACUAAUGUUAUUUAAAAUAAUGUUCCGUGUUAUUUUUUCUGUGAUGUUAAUUACAUGGGUGUCAUCGUUUUGGAAUUCAAUGAAUCAAUCCCAAGCUUAUGAAUUAUCAAGUGUUUCCACUGUAGGUCAAGAAUUAGAUCACCUACAUCUGUGGCCUGACGAGGAAAAUGAUCGCUUGAAAAGAUCCUCCGAAGACAUACACCAUUCAAAGCGUCACGCAGUGGAAAAGAGCUUAACAAAGCAAAAUGUGGAUAACAAAAAAUCCAUGGCAAAUAAUACUUCACCCAAGCCUGUAAAAUAUGCAUACGGCCCAUCGGUUUGGGAUGUAACACUAUGGAAAGGCACGCAAUCGAGUUGUUGUGAUUUAAUUGGCUGUCCCCUGCAUGAAAAAACCACGCGUUUCCAAGAAAAUUUAAUUUUUACCAGAAUCUCGUGUUACUGCGCGGAUGAAUUUUGUCACGGAGGAUUCAUUUAUCCGUAUUGGAUAUUUCAUCCUAAUUUUUAACGUACGAUUAGUUUGCUACAGAAUUAGUGUCACUCGUAAUUUUAAUUUGCUCUUUUUUCUGAAUGAGAAAGGAUAUU